AUGGCUUUUUUGGUACUUUUUAUCGUCAAAAAUCGCAGGCUACACUCCACGGCCAACUGGUUUGUUUUGCCCUUAGUUGUUGCUGACUUUGGGGUGGGAGUUGGAUACUUCCCAUGGGACAUCUUUGUAGCAUCUUAGCUGUAUGCAAUAAGAGCGUCUAUGUGACCUUCAUGAUUGGUUUUUCCUUCACUCUUCCGUUACAAACUUGGGCAUUUUAACCUGGGAUCGCUGCAUAAACAUUGUUCAUUCCUUCAGAUAUCCUAAUAGCAUGACUUCAGGAAGCCCUGAAAUAGUCGUUUUUAUAUCGUGGGUAAUUCCUUUGAUCAUCGGUUUGGAAAAUCUCACGGAUAACCGGAGUCUCGAUUGUUGACAUAUCUGCGUGUGUGUUAGUUUCCCAUGCUGUUGCCCGUAUUCUGAUUGUCGCAAGGGCCAAAGCAAUCGGAGAUUCCACCUUCCGAAAGGCAGUUACAUCACGAGAGAUUCAUGAAGGUUACAAUUGCUUUUCCAAGAAAACUGCACCUAUCUUCAAACGUAAGAAGCACGGAGCAUACUUUAUAAUUGCAUUAGUAGCGUUGUUCUUGGUAUGUCAUGCAAUAAUAAUAGACGAUUUAGUUCUCUGUUUUACAUUUUCUUGCAAGUUAUACAAAAAAGGUCCAGAAAUUCUGAAGGCUGAAAGUGCUUUAGGCUGUUUAAAUGAUAAAAAGGUUCAUUUCAGUAUUACCCGAUACUGGUUUUACUACAAAUUACAUCAAAUUGUAUAUUAGUGAUUGAGUUAUUGUCCAAACAACCAGGUAGGGCUUCUUACCUAGGUGUAGCGGAUUUAAGAAGAAAUCAAAACCUAUUGCGACCGUGUGACAUUCUUUAUUAACAUGCAAAAAAAAUUAUUACACGCUUCUGAGUGUUAGGUUACUCCGAGAGCCCAAACCAGCCGACUGGCAGCUGUAAUUCAAAGAUGCUCUUUUUUACUUCUUUUCAAACAGAAACAAUAGACUUAUUACCGUAGGCGUCAAAUCUCAACGAAUACUUUUGAAUGUGUUUAUUGUAGAAAGAGGAAGCCUUACUGUCAUUAGCAUUUUCCCUUUUGCCGCGCGCUCACAUCAAAGAAUAAAAAAAGGCGACCAAUAUUAUUGUUAUAAUAAUUCUUAUUCUUAUUGUUAUUGUAAUUCAUAUUCUUCUAAAUAUAAUUAUCAUUAUCAUUAGUAUUAUUAGAUUUUUAGGGAUGGAACGGAUGCUUUCCUCCAAUAUCAUCCAUUAUCGUUGUUGCUUUUCUGUCUGUUUGCUCCAAACACUGGCGCUGA